AUUUAUGUACUCCCUAAGCAAGCAAAGCAAAAUAAAUUAAAUUUAUAUAAAAAUAAAAGCAUCAUCUAAAAAUGACUUCUUCUGGCAAUUGGCUGCAGGUCAUUGUGGAUUGUGAACAACCCAAAUUGAAUACCUUGCCCUCCUGCAUGACGGUGAGUGAUGUAAAAUGCGAUAAUUAUGUGCGUCUCAUAGCCACAGACAUAGCCAUUGAUGAGGAGCCACCCAUGGCCACAUUGAAAGUAUUUCGUGGCAUAGAAUUGGAAUCGGAACAUGAAUUGAAGGGCAUACCCUCAGCCAUUGUUAGUUUGUAUAUCGAUGACUCGGAACCCAAGACACCAAUUGUUGCAGUGGCCAUUGCCGAAUCGGUGCUUUUUUAUCGUCACAUGAAGCCCUAUUUCAAAUACACCCUUCCUGAGUUGGAGGUCUUGGAUGAGGAGAGAGAAAUCUGGCGACAAUUAAAUUUGGUUGGCAUUGAGGAGCAGCAGCCUUUAAUCGAUCGCUUGAAUGUCAUCGAAAGACCCAAAUUGACAAGAAAAUCUCAGCAUUUAUUGAACCUUUUGCCACAGGAUAGAAAUGAUUUCAUUCGCCUACAAGUUGAUGGUCCUCUCAUACGCUAUUCUAAUGCGGUGGCCUUAAAAUGUUUAGCCCGAGUAUCCAGUGGAGAUUCUUUGCCACCCUCUCAUCUAGUGAUUGCCACCGAUAAUGGAGAAAUCAUAAUUGUUGAACCGCAGAGUUUCAGUGUACUCUACCGCGUCAUGGCCUGUCCUGAUAUUACCCCCAGCAUGUUGGCCGUCAAUGGUUGUUUUGAAACGGAUUUUUGCAUCGCCAUUGCUACCCGUUAUGGUUCGGUCUAUCUGCUGCGCAAAACUGCCCCAGAGGGUCAAGAGAUCUUCAAACUCUCCUAUCCCCUAACGGGAUUGGUACUUUUGCCCAUCGAUCAGACCAUAGUGGUCUCCUCAAUGGAUAAGAAAUUGGUGUGCUACUCCAAGAAGGGCAAACAGUUGUAUAUGGUGUCCCUGGCCCAACAGCCCAUAUGCAUGACCAUGAUCAAUCUCAGCCAUUUGGGAUUGACCCUGAUCUGUGUGGCCCUGGAGGGUGGAUUGGUGCAAUUUUAUAUGCAAAAAUUUCUAGUGGAUGAAUUUCAAAUCGAAGGCACUGUCAGCUCUAUGGUGUUUGGCUAUUUGGGCCUGGAGGAACAUGUGCUGUGUCUGACCACUCUGGAGGGUGAUUUGGUUAUAAAAAUUCUCAAAAGAACUGCCUGCUUUGAACCUAAUCAGAAUCUAUCGGGCAGAGGUUUGCCCAACAACAACAGCGAUAUGGUGAGUGCUUCUGUGCUGGAGAAACCUAAGAAAAGUUCGAUUUUUGUGGAGCAGGUGGCCAGAGAGAAACAAAAUGCCAAAGCCACCUACGGCAGCUUCCAAGUGGAACUAUGGCGCUUAAGACACACAGCGGCUCGUGCCACCGUGGAUGCCUUGAAUUCGUCAGAGCGCACCAUUUCCGAUGAUAUAACCCAUGCCCCUGUUAAAUUGUCUGCUGAAGUGUGUGGCGUGGGUCCUGUUUUCCGUUUGUAUUUGACCAUACAGAAUUUGUCUACCUAUAAAAUGGCUUCGAAUUUAAUGGUUCUCUUGCAUGCCGAUAGGAGACAUUACACCAUACAGAAAUCGGUGGCUAAGCUUCCUAGUAUUCUGCCUGGAGUUCCCUUAAAAAUUGAUUUUGAAAUAGUUGCAGUUUUGGAUAUCAAUGACAAAUUGCCCCCACACACUUUGACGCCAGACAACUCACACAUACGAGUGAUGAUAACGAAAACCCAACAGACAAAGCCAUUGAUAGCAGCUGUCAUAGCCAUGCCACAAUCGGAAGCCAAUUUUUAAAGCAUACGGCGACUGCUGUGUUGGAUGGAUUGUUUGAUUGAUUUCAGCAUUAUUGCAGUGUUUAAGCAUACUUGGGGGCAUACUUCUCGUAGACCUUAAUGUAGGCCUCCUUGGCGGCAUCUUGAGACAUACCUUUGUGAGAAUUCCAGGCAUCCCACAUGGCUUUCUUUUUCAAAUCCAAGGCUCCAGGUCUUUCAGUGCUGACAUCACCAAAGGAGGCCUGCUUGAAGAGACCAUAGAAUUCCAAGAAUUCAGAGUCCGAAGGCUUCUUGGAGAAGUUUUUGGCCAAUUCACAAGCUUCUUCGAAACUAACCAUGAUGAGGAUGAUGAGAUUUAGGGAUCUGCAGGAAGAAAGUAUUAUUCGAUAUUUUUUCUAGUUUCUGGCUUUCUCCAAUUACCCUGCUUUGCUUAAAAACAAAAUUAAAGCGAAAUGAUAAAAUUCUCAAGUGGCCUCUGGCUAUUUAUACUUAAGUUUUUAAGAUUGCCCCAAGUGUCUAUGCGAAAUGUUUAAAUUAAUGAAAUGUUGAUUAGUUUUUAUCUGCAA